CUUUGCUCUUUGUGCUUGGUUUUUGUGUAGCAGAGUUUCGUGUAAUUCGAGCGCAUACUACAAUAUCAACUUCGCAAGCAUUUUUUGUUCUCGACAGGAUGCUGUUUAUUCCGCGCGGUCGGGGCUGGCAGCAGCCCGAGCAGAACGACCAAGUGGACCCGCAGCGGCGGCGCUACAGCGGUGUGAUCUCCUUCUUGUUGAUGAUGAUGUUCCUGUCGCUGCUCUUCAACCGCGACAAGCGCGGCCCCGACGGGAGGAACGGCAGCAGUAACGACCGGGAGGGGUGGGCCCGGAAUCCGCCACCGGAGGAGAUGAAGAACCUGGUUUACCCCUGGGACGCAGCGGGUUUGCCGGCCGAGGCACGGCUGCUGUACGUCGGGCCCGCGAGCACGACGGAGCCAUUGAUCGCGGAACACGAUCGAGUUCUUGCGCCGCAGAAUGCACGAAGACUCGUAUGUAGUCCCGCAGUGGCGAAAAAGGACGCUUCGUCAAAGUCUGCCGGUGCGAACUCAGGAAAGGAUAACAAGGAGGAACGAGAAAGUAAUACUCGGCCAAGCGAGCCUGGGUGCGGCGAAAGCAGUAAGACCUGCCGACAACGUAUGCUACAGGCCAACGACAAGUGGGCGUGUGAGACUCUGGUUCCGAAGUGGGGGAGGAACCUGCUCGUAACGGCAAUAACACCGCCGAAAACUGUGCCGGAGGAAAGUAAAGGCGAUGCGAAAAAAAGCGCACCAAACAAGCCGACGAUAUUACUGAACAGCACAAGCGCGCCGGACACCACGGGCCAGGCGGCACAGCGCGACUUUGAAUUUCUUCUGGGCACGUUUUCCGCGUCGCGUCCAAAGUUACAAGAAAUGAACAAGAAGUUGAUGCAAAGUAGCUCUAAGGCAAGAACAGAGAAAAUUACGCGCCGUCUGCCGACUAGUAGUGCCGGGGGCACUAGCACUCCUAUCGCGAUACCAAAUACUAAUAAAACCACUAUCGUGUGGUCGCCGCGUUUAAAAAUGCUCCUGAAAACGUCUCACGUGCUGGUAGAGCCACCGGGAAACGCGGUCUCUGCGGACGAAGAUGACUACGUCGCCGACUAUGAGCCGAAACUUCUCCCCGUCCGGGUUGAUGGAGGUGCAGCUUCCGAAGCUGCCGACUCAGCACCAAUCUUCGGCGACUUUUUUAGGAAAAGGCACGAUUCAACAUCCACUUCAGGAGAAGACGCCACAGGGAGUAGCUCGUCGAAAGUACAACCAGGUCACGACGACGCAGAGCUGACUUUGAAGGUCAACAAGCGGAGCUAUUUCACGGAUGGUACGUUGCUGGGGACCGUGCUAUCCACGAUUUUCAGUCCGGACGUUCGCGGGGCCGCGCUCGUGGGAGCAAAGUGGCUCGACGUCGGAGCAAGCUUGCUGCAGCAGCAGUUGAGACUGGGAGGUUCGUCGGAGGCAGGAGCUGAUGAUUCGGAGGACACUUCGUCAAAAAGCACGAGUGUAGUGCAGGAAGUAGUGCGGAAGUCAGAAGACGGCGCCGACACCACGCUGCCCGAAUUUCGAGCUCUUGACCAGCAGACUCGCUCCCCAAGAAAUACCGAUCUUGUUCGACCUCCCACUGGGAACGAAAUAAGCAUUGCUCGCGAGGAUGCCGUCGUUCCCGGGCCGCAGCUUGGUGCUGGAAGAAGCAUGCUCGAAAAAACCGAGGAACUUCGGCCGAAGGAGAGCUUUCUGUGCUUUGUGGACCUUGCGAAGAAGAGAUUGCGAGGGCAGAUUUCCCAAAGUGUGGUCGGAACGCUUGUGCACGCUUUUUUUGAUGCAGACACGCGAAAACUAGUCUUGGUCUUCCGAAACGCCGACCGCAUCGAGGUUCUCACCAUAGACGCAGAGAAGAUGAACAGAGCGACCGGGAAGGCGUUCACUAGUAAAAUAACCAGGAGCAGAAGCUUAUUACCAGUGGCGCUCACCGCAAAAACAGAUAGGAAAAACGACGAUGAUGCCAACGCAAUAGCUGCGCUUGAUGAAGAACCCUCAAGGCAAGUAGCGGACGAUCAAUCGCAAGAAUCUCAUAUGUCAUCUUCGCCUACAGCAGCAGUCGCUUCUGGAAGAAAAUUGGCACAACCAGAGGACGAGAAUUCCCCCGUUCGCCGGUUUUUCUUCCGGUCCACACAGAGUCUGUAUCUGGUGCAGGCGCCGGUAACUUCUGGAUACGUGGUUUUUGUGUCCGGGCAGCGCGUGGCAAUGGUGCUUUCCCUUCGCGAGAAUAAGCUCAUCGAAGAGCGGUAUCUGCCCUGGAGCUUUCUGAGCCAGGACCUGGCUCGGGUGCGGCGAAGAAUACCGGACCGCUACGUGCAGAGUUCGGUAGCAACUGAAGAAGUUCUGAAACCCUGCCCGAAGUGCUGCGGAAUGGAGUAGGGGUCCUGUUCAGGGCGGGCAUUUCUAUUGUGUACGCUUGUUAAUGUUAAAGUUAAUCUUCUCUCAUGCAUUGUUGUGGAAGUUAGUAUAGUGCGAAGGCGAAGGGACAGGGAGUGCAUUUUGCAGUGAGUGCAAAAAUUCGUUGAUGCACAGAAGUAGAAGUAGUAAAGAGUCUUGGAAU